CGGCGGGGCCGUCCCUGGAGGCGGAGAUGGCGGCGACAGCGGCUGAGGCGGAGGCCUCGGGCUCCGGAGAAUCGCGGGAAGAGGCGGACGCCCCCAGCCCCGCUUGGGAUGAGUCUCAGCUGCGCAGUUACAGCUUCCCGACCCGGCCUAUCCCGCGGCUGAGCCAGGGCGACCCCCGGGCGGAGGAGCUGAUCGAGAAUGAGGAACCCGUGGUGCUGACCGACACGAACCUGGUGUACCCCGCGCUCAAGUGGGACCUCGACUACCUGCAGGAGAACAUCGGGAACGGAGACUUCUCCGUGUACAGCGCCAGCACGCACAAGUUCCUGUACUACGACGAGAAGAAGAUGGCCAACUUCCAGAACUUCAAGCCCCGCUCCAACCGGGAGGAGAUGAAGUUCCACGAGUUCGUGGAGAAGCUGCAGGAGAUCCAGCGGCGAGGCGGGGAGGAGAGGUUGUAUCUGCAGCAAACACUCAAUGACACUGUGGGCAGGAAGAUUGUCAUGGACUUCUUGGGUUUUAACUGGAACUGGAUUAAUAAACAACAGGGAAAGCGUGGCUGGGGGCAACUGACCUCCAACCUGCUGCUCAUUGGCAUGGAAGGAAAUGUGACGCCUGCUCACUAUGAUGAGCAACAGAACUUCUUUGCUCAAAUAAAAGGCCACAAGCGGUGCAUCUUAUUUCCCCCGGAUCAGUUUGAGUGCCUCUACCCGUAUCCUGUUCAUCACCCUUGUGACAGACAGAGCCAGGUGGACUUUGACAAUCCUGACUACGAGAGGUUCCCCAAUUUUCAGAACGUUGUUGGUUACGAAACAGUGGUUGGCCCUGGUGAUGUUCUCUACAUCCCAAUGUACUGGUGGCAUCAUAUAGAGUCAUUACUAAAUGGGGGGAUUACCAUCACUGUGAACUUCUGGUAUAAGGGGGCCCCCACCCCUAAGAGAAUUGAAUAUCCUCUCAAAGCCCAUCAGAAGGUCGCCAUAAUGAGAAACAUUGAGAAGAUGCUUGGAGAGGCCUUGGGGAAUCCACAAGAGGUGGGGCCCUUGUUGAACACAAUGAUCAAGGGUCGCUACAACUAGCCUGCUGGGAGUUGAAGCCUCCUGCCAGGCGACCGCUCGCUCGUCCACACUGCUUCAUUGAUGAGGACAGGAGACUCCCAAGCGCUAGGAUUGCACGCUGCACUUCAUGGACUGGACUCUUGCCAUGGUCCUGAGGCAGGUGUCCGGGCGAGGCAGGGUGGCUGGCGCUCUACUCCACUCGGAGAGACUUCUUACCCUGGCCUCUCUGCCCCCGCACCUCCUCUCUGCCCCCCGAAAGUCCUCUAUUUAGUGUGUGGAGUUCCAGCUUCUGGUCGUCCUC